AUGUCGGUUCUCAGAAGAGGAGAGCGAGGAGAGACACAGACGAGGAAAGGCCUUAAAGGCAUGGAACAAGGAAGAGAGGAGGAACCCGAAUCGCCCUCCUUCAGUUUAUUGUCGGGCAGUGAUAUAUUUGAUCUGAAAGUAUUGGACCGCACGAGCUUCCAGUCUUCCUCUGAUGAGGAAGGGUGGGGGGGGGUGCUUCGCCCGAUCAGCUGGAGGUCAAUCUAUGGAAACUCCCAGGAGGAAGAACCUGACGGCCGCAGUGCUGGAGCGACAUGCGGCGUGUGCCAAUGGGUGACAUGGAAGUUCGUUAGCAAUGAGGAUGCCAUUGACGUUUCUAGCUGGGGAGCGAAAGACUAUGUUGCGGAUUCUUACUCGCGAUUUUGGGAGAUCGCUUGUUCCUCGAGAAGCGCGAUUCUCUUGGGCCCGCUUGCUAGGGAACGGGUCGGUCCAAGGGUGCGACUACGUUUGACUGGUCAAGAGACUCGCCUGAACACGGUGCCGACAGACUGGCGGUCACAGCUGCACGAGUUCGAUGCACCCCAGAGGCGCUGCACAAACACAGCGAAAGCGAACGACUCCACAAUACAAUACAACUGGUCUACUGGUUACGGCGUACCCGCCUUGUACGUCGUAUGGCCCGUCGCCAAAUCCCGGGGACGUCACCGAAGGAAAAAGUACACAGGGAGCAUCGAACGGUGGAACGCUGUGGGCCGGGGUCCCUUGGGCAGCAUUGGUAACGGAGAGUGUUAUUCGUCCCAGCCAUCGUGA